UUUUUCUUCUCCUUGGCUCUUAUGAUUACAUAGGUGGAAUUCUUUCUUUUUACUGCAUUCGAUUCGUUCCUUAAGACUGUUGCUCCCCCUCCUGGAUGGCCCAUCACUGAACCUCCCCUUCCGUUCCCCUCGUUUUGCUCCCCUCCCCUCUUCCCCCCCCGAGGGGCCACGCGGCACGAUGCAGUCCAUGCAAAGGCAGUUCGGCCGCUUCAUGAAGCGGUCCGCCGACGAAAGCCAGGUCGCGAUUCUUCUCAAAGACUUCGAGGAAGCUGACAAGCUUCUGGGCCGAAUCAUCGAAUUCACCAGCGCAUGGCGCGAUGCCUGGUCCUCGCUUCUCCUCCACCAAAACCGCAUGCUCGCCGAAUUCAACGCCCUCUAUGCUCCGAUACUCGGUUCCUCCGACUCCUCCACCGGCCAAAAAGCCGCCCCGACGCCACGGGAAACCCUGGCGCGGACAAAUAAGCUUCGGGAACAAUACGAGGAGCUCCGGCGAGAGCUGCUGGCCGAUAUCACCGCCGUGGACGAGCGGAUGAUCAAGCCGGCAACCCAGGCCAGAGAGUACCUGGUUCCGAUGAAGAAGACGAUCAAGAAGCGGGAUGAUCGUAAACUCGACUAUGAACGCUACCAGAGUCGCGUGGAUAAUUACACCAAGAAAACGAAACGAUCGGAUCGCGACAAUGCAGCCCUCGUCAAGGCUGAGGGUGACCUCGCCAAAGCAACAGAGGACUAUAAUGCUGCGGAUGAGCAACUCCGGCACAGUCUCCCGCCGCUAAUUGCCGCUGCCUUCUCUCUGCUCCCCCGUUUGCUGGCCACUCAGAUUGAGCUCCAAAACAGUAUGUUAGCGCAUUACUACACCGUGGUGCUGGAGUACAGCCAGGAGGAACAAUUCCCGGUCCCCGCGCCGCCAAUGGAGCAUAUCGUCGAGGACUGGGAGCGCGCCCAUCUGCCCGUCCAGCAGGAAGCCGAAAGUUUCGCUAGCAUCGCCAACGGCAAGACCGUUCGCAUGUCCCCGGUGGACGAACAUCAGCGCAACGGCCAUAAUUAUCUCAGUCGCCCUGCGAAUCUAAUUUCUAGUUACUGCCGCUCACCGGGCGCCCACGAAGAAACGCCGCCACCAAAACCUCCACGGCCCGUUUCCCCCAAUCCCGCCGCAGUGCAGCGCAAACUCCCGCCUUCAGCGCCUCCGGCAGCUCAGACUAAGCUUCCUCCGAUGCCACCACCGCCCGCCUACGAUACCAAGCCCCGUCCGAAUCUCGAAACGAAGCCGAAACCCAUACCCCGACCGAAACCGCAGCUGUCGAGCAUGCCGGCCGCCUCAACGUCAUCCCUCAAUCUCCCCUCGAGCUCGAGUCACCAUCUCUCCCCCCAAGCAUCAGGGCCCCAAACCUCUGCCUCGUCUCCCGCAGCUGAAUCGUACGUCUCUGCGGCCGAGUACAUCCGUUCCCCGUCGCCGGGAGUGUCUUCCGUUGCUUCACGAGCCGACUACUUUGGUCGAAAUAGCAGCAACAAUCAGCAUACGUCACCCUCUCCAGCAUCGGCUGCGGCAGCAGUGUCUCCCGGGCUCUCUUCCGUUGCGGCUCGUGCGGACUACUUCAGUCGGUCCAACAGUAGCAACCACCUUCAGUCGUCAACCCCAGUUGCAUCGGCAUCUUCCCUGUCGCCUGCGGCGGCGGCGGGUAUCUCUCCCGGCUUAUCCUCCAUUGCUUCCCGAGCGAAUCAGUUCAACCGCUCGAACAGCAGCAACCGCCAGCCAUCUCCCUCGCCAUCCCGGGCGGCAGUGUCUGCCGUAGCGGGCAAGAAGAAGCCGCCUCCGCCUCCGCCGCCACGCCUGAAUUCGCAGAAUGCGCUGUUCGUGACGGCGCUGUAUGACUUCGGGGGCCAGGGGGCGGGGGAUUUGUCGUUCCGGGAGGGCGACCGGAUCCGUGUGCUGAAGAAGACGGAGAGUACGGAUGACUGGUGGGAGGGGGAGCUGAGGGGCGUCAAGGGGAGUUUUCCGGCUAAUUAUGUGGAGUGAGUGUGGCGGUGGUCGAGGAGAGGAUAAAAGUCGUAAUCACAAUGCAUUGUAGGAGUCGUUUGGACUUGAGAUGCUAUCAAUUCUC